AUGGAUAAAUCCUGGAUGAGUACCGAGAGAACGAGGAAACGUUAUAGAGAAGGAGUUGUGGCGUUUCUGCGGUAUGCUGUCAACCAUCUCAAGGAGGAGGAUCAUUUAUUCGUAAAUGGAAUCGAUCAAACGUAUACUAUUUGGAAUAAGCAUGGGGAAAAGGAUGAGGCAAUAACUAGUAGUAGGCCAGUUAACGUCAACAAUGGUAUGCACGCUGAAUUUGAAAUGGGAACUCCCACUGAUGCUCCAGACGAAGAUUUUGGAAUGGGAACUCCUACUGAUGCUCCAAACACUAUAGAUAUGAUGCAGGUUGCAGAAGAGUUCGCAGAUGACCCUAUAAAGUUUAAAAAGUUACUUGAAGAUGCUGAAAAUCCCUUAUACGAAGGAUGUCCCAACUUCACAAAGUUGUAUGCAAUUGUGCAGUUUUUUAAGUUGAAGAGUAAGCACGGUGCAUCGGACAUGUUUUUUAAUGAAUUGUUACCCUUGUUAAAGGACAUGCUUCCCAAAGAAGGUAAUUUAAUGGCGAGGAGUACUUAUCAGGCAAAGAAAAUAUUGAAAGCAAUGGGUUCAUGGUACACAAAGAUACAUGCAUGUAUCAACAACUGCAUUCUUUAUUGGAAUGAGUACAAGGAUGAAAAAGUUUGUCCUACUUGUAAAGCACCCAGAUGGAAAGUUGACAGGGAUGGUAAAGUUUACGAGAAUGUUCCAGCAAAGGUAUUGUGGUACUUCGACAUCAUCCCAAGAUUUCAGCGGCUGUUUCAAUCGAAGCCCACAGUAGAAGAUUUGAUAUGGCACGAUACCACUAGAAACAAAGACGGUGUUUUACGUCAUCCGGCAGACUCACAUUCUUGGAGAGAGAUAGAUAACAAUUUCCCAGAAAUUAAAGGUGAUCCAAGAAAUCUGCGGUUAGCUGUUUCGACUGAUGGAGUUGAUGUAAACACAGGCACCAAACAUCACAGUGUAAAGAUAACAUGGGAUGCAUAUGCCUAA